AUGGAAGCACCAAUUUUUGUAUACUUUCAGCUAGAAAGAUUUUACCAGAAUCACCACAGCAUAAAUUUGAUGGUGAACAAGAGUGCCAUCUCUUGGAAGAGUGAUAGAGAGCAUAAAUUUGGAAAAGAUGUUUUCCCAAAAAAAAAUUCAGAACAGAGGAAGAGUGGUUCUCUCCUUUUAUGGCUUCCGAUUGUUUAUAUGCAUCAACUCCUGCAUCGUCUGACUCCACACCUACAAGAAGAAACAUCAACUACUCAAAUUUAUGCAGCAAGAACUUCUUACAUGGAGACCUAUUCUUACGCCUCGAGCGAUUAUUUUACGAUUUUUGCUUAUUAUGGAAGCACCAAUUUUUGUAUACUAUCAGCUAGAAAGAUUUUACCAGAAUCACCACAGGCAACUUGGAGAUCCAUCACAGAUUUGUCAUGGAAUAGGAACCAAGCUCGAAGUUAUAAAUAA